AUGAGUGACUUGCCUGGUUCCAGUCCAAAAGACCAUAUGUUUGAGAACAUGGUGGAUAAGGGUUACUCCCAGACAUUCAGUAACAGUGUCCUCCAGGAGCUUGAUCUAAGGGCCCAGCAGAUAUCUGGACACUUGGAGCCGCUGCCUGAACAGAAACAGAGACGCAAACGUUCCCACUAUGCUGCUUCGAGACAGAUGCAGAGGCAGCGGGAACGGGUUUCGCCGGCGAAGGAGGUCAAUUCGAGUGCUACGAAGAAGAGGAGAACGCUUAAUGGGCCGGAAGAGAUGUUUGGCGAUGUGGAUAAGGAAAACGAGCUGCCGUUGAGGAGGAAGGACCCUGAACGGAGAGAGAGGGUGGGGUUUGGGGAGAAACCGACCUUGGCGCCGCCGAGGGGGACGCAGACCUCGUGGAGUCCACAAAGAACCAGGAGGAUGGAGUCUCCAGAGAGGAUGGAGUCUCCAGAGAGGAAGGAAGGUUCACCUUCUAGAUUCACCAGAAUCUCCCCUUCAAAGGGCCACAUGAACUUGAAUUCGUUGCUUGACCACGAUAUGGACACGGAAGGUGAUUCUCCUGCUUUGGACGAGUCUCCUCGUGCAAGCGAUUCAAACGAUAAGGUAUUCGCCAAACCGUUCCCGAAACAGCGCCAGCUGUCGUUGCAAAUGGCCGGCGUGGCUCCGUCGUCGUCGAGUCUAUAUAAACUGGCGGCGCCAAACCAGCUGAGACUGUCGAUUCCAAGUCUCCAGAAGAAACCGUCGGUUCCCAGUCUCCAAAAGAAACUGUCGGUUCCUAAUCUUCAAAAGAAGCUGUCAAUUCCUAAUCUUCAGAAGAAACUGUCAAUUCCUAAUCUUCAAAAAAAACUGUCAAUUCCCAGUCUCCAGAAAUCACCCUCCUUUAAAUCACUGAUCCCCAGUCUUCAACCGAAACAGUCAGUUCCUGACCUCCAGAAACCAUCUACUCAUUUCCAGAAACCAUCUACCCAUUUCCAGAAACCAGCAGCACCGGCAGCCCCAGCGGCCCUUCAAAAAAAACCGUCAGGCUCCAACCUCCAAAAACCUACAACCCUUUAUAAAAAGCCGUCGGUGCCCAGUCUCCACAAGAAACCUUCAGCUUCCAACCUCAACCAGUCUCCUUCGGGAACCCGUAACUUUACCAUUCCCCAGCCCUUCUCUUUAUACGAUAGACCCACCGUUCUGUCUUCCCAGAAGUCUUUGGCCAAAGAACAGGCGUCCAGAUCGCCCAGCCAUAUUUCCCUUAACAGCAUGAACUCGGAAGUGAGCCAACGGUCGCUCAGCAAGUUCCAGAAGUUCAAGAGCAGGUUUUCGUGA